AUGGGUGUACCCUCAUUCUUUAGAUGGCUUGAAAAAAAAUACCCCAAAAUUAUAGACGCAUGCCAGGGAUCGAACAAAACGGAUCAUACCGAUUUGGACAGCCCGAAUUUGAAUGGGUUUGAGAUUGACAACUUUUACUUGGACAUGAAUGGAUUGAUCCACCCCUGUUUCCAUCCACAAGACCGUCCAGCCCCAGAUACGAUAGAUGACAUGCUGAUAAUGCUGAAGAGGUAUUUGGACUAUAUCAUUGACAUCGUUCGUCCAAGGAAACUUGUAUAUAUGGCUGUCGAUGGGGUAGCUCCACGCGCUAAAAUGAACCAGCAAAGAGCAAGAAGAUUUAAAGCAGCACGCGACGCGCAAUCUAAAGAAGAAUAUGAUGAACAGAAAAACAUCACUUUGAUUCAACAGGGCCAUUCCCCCAUAGCAAUCAAACCAACUUUGGAUUCGAAUUGUAUAACACCGGGAACCGUGUUUAUGGAGAGAGUAACAGAGACGUUAAAGGAAUACGUUAAAGAGCGGAUUUCGACAUCUGCCUAUUGGAAGAAGUUAGUAGUGAUAAUCAGUGAUGCUUCUGUGCCUGGGGAAGGUGAACACAAGAUCAUGGAAUACAUCAGAAAGCAGAAGGAUCAACCAAAUUACAAUCCAAAUAUACAUCACUGUAUCUACGGACUUGACGCCGACUUAAUCAUGUUGACACUCGCUACACAUGAAAGAAAGUUCAGUAUCAUAAGAGAACAAGUCUUCUUUGAACACGUUCCUUGUUAUAUCUGCGGACAACAAGGUCAUGCGCCAGACAGAUGCUCUCACAAAGGUGAAAUAGGUGCAAUGGACCCAAUUCGGAAGCCAUUUUUGUUUUUACAUUGUCACAUCUUGAGAGAGUAUUUAUCGAAAACGAUUCGGAUUGAAGGAUUCGACUUCGAACGAAUCAUCGAUGACUUCAUCUUCUUCUGUUUCUUUGUUGGGAACGACUUUCUUCCACAUUCGCCUUCACUUGAAAUCAGAGAAGGGUCCAUUGACAUGUUAAUGGAAGUCUAUAUGAAGUUCUUACCUGAGAAUGGGUAUCUUACCGACUCUGGAACACUCAACGCGACACAUGCGAAGAACUUCAUGUCUCUUGUUGGUCAGCGAGAGCAACGAAUUCUUCAAAGUAAAAGUGAGAAGGAGAGCCGUUUUCGUAUCAAUAGAAAGGGUAAAAUGAUUCGUGAAUUUGACGAUAAGAUAUCAGCGGUAUUAGGGAGUGGUGAGGAUCAAGCAAUUAAAGACUUGAAGCUCAAGCACUUGAAGCUCGACAAAGAGAAUUUCCUCAAAGGGAUUGAGAAAGAAGAAAGCGAAGAUAUCAAUUACUCGAUGAAUGGAUAUCAGGCGAAGUACUAUGCGUCGAAACUCAAAAUCGAAUACCCGAGCGAAGCUAUGACUCAACUUGUCAAUGAAUACUUUAUUGGUCUCAGUUGGGUGUUGAAGUAUUAUUAUCAGGGGUGCCAAUGCUGGGAUUGGUACUUCCCUUAUUUGUACGCGCCGUUCAUUGCGGACGUCGCGACGUAUCUUGACAACACACUUGAACCCAAAUUUGAGUUGGGGAUUCCAUUCAAACCAGUCGAACAACUGAUGUCUGUGUUACCCCCGCGAUCGAAAGAGUGUGUUCCCAUGCUCUUUCGAGACAUCAUGAACUCCACGACUUCUCCAAUUAAAGAAUUUUAUCCCGAAAAGUUUGCGAUUGAUAUGAAUGGGAAGACACAAGAGUACUUAGCCGUCAUCCUAUUAAGUUUCAUUGACCAGAAUAAGUUGCUGGAAGUCUUAAAACCACUUGAGAAACAACUUCAAGGACAGGAGUUUAAACGGAAUAUGAGGUGGGGAGAGUCUUUGAUAUUCUUCUCGAAAGAGAACCCAAAGUUUGCCGAAGCGAUCAACUCAUUUACUGGGAGUGUGAAAAGUAUGUGGGAUAUAAUUAAAGACACCAUUUCCGAAAUCCGAGGCGAGGACGAGAAGGUCGAUUUGUCAAGGUACGGCGAAACUGCUUAUGAACUGAAGAACGACGUCAAUGGGGUGUCGGGUGUGUUACUUCCUUCUGAAGAAAUGUGUUUGUGUCAGAACGGAGAGAACGUAUUUGUCUGUGCAUACUCGAACCCAAUCUAUGACCCAAAUCAUCUCUUCAUAUCAAAGUACUUAGAUGGAGAAACAAUCCAAAUCCCUGAGAAAGUUUUAGACGACAUUAACAAAAGGAAUCGACACUAUCAAGUUGAUGAAUACAUUCCAAAGAGAAGAGAACCGUAUUAUCGUGGAGCGAGAGAAUCGUCAUAUAGAGACAGAGGAUAUCAAAAUACGACUAAUCGUCAUAAUUAUUACCAACAACCACAACAACAAAUACCACCACAACAAAUACCAUUACCACCACAACAACAAAUACCACCACAACAAAACGUCCCAGAACCGAGCUUGGAAACGUUUGGAUCUGUCCAGGAAAAUGUUAUGGACUUUGCUGAGAACCCAUACAACCAAUGGACUGCACCAAGACAAAUAGGACACUAUACCCCACCACAAUACCAAAAUGCGAAAAUGAACGAUCAUAAACAACAACAAAUGAUAUAUGACACAAGACCAGUGGAUCAAAAAAGCAGUGGAGCUGCGUCUGGAUAUUACAAAUACUGA